UUUUCCUGUAGAGCACAACAGAAACCCCAGCUCGAGCUCUGCGCCUGCUACAACAUUCACCGCGGGCAGGAUUCCUCCGCAAACUUUCGGAAGCGCUCCAAACUUCCGAGGAUUAACCGAAUAAAACGACUUUACGGGUUUGCCGUCGAACUCCGCAGACUUCGAGAUCACUCCGAAAAUGCAGUUUUGAAUAGUUGGAGCGGAUAGUUUGUCCUGGGAAACGUAAGGGUGGAGUCAUGACGUCUGCAGUGACUCUAGAAGAUGCUCUGUCCAACGUGGACCUGCUGGAGGAGCUGCCUCUUCCAGAUCAGCAGCCCUGUAUUGAACCUCUGCCCUCCUCCAUCAUUUACCAGCCCAACUUCAACACCAACUUUGAGGACCGCAAUGCAUUUGUGACAGGCAUCGCCCGAUACAUCGAGCAGGCCACGGUCCACUCCAACAUGAAUGAGAUGUUAGAGGAAGGUCAGGAGUAUGCUGUGAUGCUCUACACAUGGAGGAGCUGUUCAAGAGCCAUUCCUCAGGUGAAAUGUAAUGAACAGCCCAACAGAGUGGAGAUCUAUGAGAAGACCGUGGAGGUGCUGGAGCCAGAAGUCACCAAACUGAUGAACUUCAUGUAUUUUCAGCGGACUGCGAUAGAUCGUUUCUGUGGGGAAGUGCGUCGGCUCUGCCACGCCGAGCGUAGGAAGGACUUCGUGUCUGAGGCCUACCUUCUCACGCUGGGGAAGUUCAUCAACAUGUUUGCGGUGCUGGACGAGCUUAAGAACAUGAAGUGCAGCGUGAAAAAUGACCAUUCCGCAUACAAGAGAGCUGCUCAGUUCCUGAGGAAAAUGUCGGAACCGUCCUCUAUUCAGGAAUCACAGAACUUAUCAAUGUUCCUGGCUAACCACAACAAGAUCACUCAGUCCUUACAGCAGCAGCUUGAGGUGAUCAAUGGAUAUGAUGAGCUACUGGCCGACAUUGUUAACCUCUGUGUGGAAUACUAUGAAAACAAGAUGUACCUCACCCCCAGCGAGAAACACAUGCUACUCAAAGUGAUGGGCUUCGGUCUCUAUCUGAUCGAUGGAACCAACAGCAACAUCUACAAACUGGAUGCUAAGAAAAGAAUCAACCUUACAAAGAUUGACAAGUUUUUCAAGCAACUGCAGGUGGUGCCUCUGUUCGGUGACAUGCAGAUUGAACUAGCCCGCUACAUCAAAACCAGCGCUCACUAUGAGGAUAACAAGUCCAGGUGGUCGUGCACAUCUGCAGGCAGUAGUCCGCAGUAUAAUAUCUGUGAGCAGAUGAUUCAAAUCCGUGAUGAUCACAUGCGCUUCAUUUCUGAGCUGGCCCGGUACAGCAACAGCGAGGUGGUGACGGGUUCAGGUCGGCAGGAGGCCCAGAAGACAGACUCUGAGUACAGGAAGUUGUUUGAUUUGGCUCUCCAGGGCUUGCAGCUGCUCUCUCAGUGGAGUGCACAGAUCAUGGAAGUGUAUUCCUGGAAACUGGUGCACCCCACAGACAAAUACUCGAACAAAGAAUGCCCCGACAAUGCAGAAGAGUAUGAACGUGCCACCAGAUACAACUACACUAGCGAGGAAAAAUUCGCCUUGGUGGAGGUCCUUGCCAUGAUAAAGGGCCUGCAGGUACUGAUGGGCCGAAUGGAGAGCGUCUUCAACCACGCCAUCCGUCACACCAUUUACGCAGCCCUGCAGGACUUUGCUCAGGUGACGCUGAGAGAGCCACUUCGCCAGGCCAUCAAGAAGAAGAAGAACGUCAUCCAGAGUGUACUACAGGCCAUCCGUAAGACCAUCUGUGAUUGGGAGGCGGGCAGAGAACCUCACAAUGACCCGGCGCUGCGGGGAGAGAAGGACCCUAAAGGGGGGUUCGAUAUCAAAGUUCCCCGGCGCACCGUAGGACCCUCCAGCACUCAGCUGUAUAUGGUCAGGACGAUGCUGGAGUCUCUGGUCGCUGAUAAGAGCGGAUUUAAGAAAACUCUGCGCAGCAGUCUGGAGGGGCCCACCAUCCUUGACAUCGAGAAGUUUCACCGCGAGUCCUUCUUCUACACUCACUUGCUCAACUUCAGUGAGACGCUGCAGCAGUGCUGUGAUCUUUCUCAGCUUUGGUUCCGUGAGUUCUUUCUGGAGCUCACAAUGGGCUGCCGCAUCCAGUUCCCUAUUGAGAUGUCGAUGCCCUGGAUCCUCACUGACCAUAUCCUGGAGACUAAAGAGGCUUCUAUGAUGGAAUACGUGUUGUAUUCAUUGGACCUGUACAAUGACAGUGCACACUACGCUCUCACAAAGUUUAAAAAGCAGUUCCUGUAUGAUGAGAUUGAGGCUGAGGUGAAUCUCUGCUUUGACCAGUUUGUCUACAAACUUGCAGAUCAGAUUUUCGCCUACUACAAGAUUCUUGCCGGAAGUCUUCUUCUAGAUAAGAGACUUCGAGCUGAAUGUAAGAAUCAGGGAGCCAACAUCUCUUGGCCUACUUCCAACCGCUACGAGACGCUGCUCAAACAGAGACACGUUCAGCUCCUGGGUCGUUCGAUCGACUUGAACCGCCUGAUCACCCAGCGAGUGUCCUGCAUGCUUUACAGAUCCCUAGAGCUAGCCAUCAACCGCUUUGAGAGCGAGGACCUCACUUCCAUAAUGGAGUUGGAGGGUUUGCUGGACAUAAACCGAUUGACUCAUAAACUUCUCAGUAAGUUUUUGACACUGGACAGCAUCGAUGCCAUGUUCCGGGAGGCAAACCACAACGUUUCCGCACCCUAUGGCAGAAUCACCCUGCAUGUGUUCUGGGAACUCAACUAUGACUUCUUGCCCAACUACUGUUAUAAUGGCUCCACAAACAGGUUUGUUCGCACUAUACUGCAGUUUUCACAAGAGUUCCAGAGGGACAAGCCGCCCAACGCCCAGCCACAGUACCUGUACGGUUCAAAGGCCCUGAAUCUGGCAUACAGUAGCAUAUACAGCCUCUACCGGAACUUCCUGGGACCUCCACAUAUCAAGGCCAUCUGCAGACUGCUGGGAUAUCAGGGCAUUGCAGUGGUGAUGGAAGAGCUCUUAAAGGUCGUCAAGAGUCUGCUUCAAGGCACCAUCCUGCAGUACGUGAGGACCCUGAUGGAAGUCAUGCCCAAGAUCUGCCGUCUGCCUCGCCACGAGUAUGGCUCACCAGGUAUUCUGGAGUUCUUCCACCAUCAGUUGAAGGACAUUGUGGAGUACGCUGAGCUGAAAACCGUGUGCUUCCAGAACCUGAGGGAGGUCGGAAACGCUAUGCUCUUCUGUCUACUGAGUGAACAGAGCUUGUCUCAAGAGGAGGUGUGCGACUUGUUGCAUGCAGCACCCUUCCAAAACAUCUUGCCAAGAGUUCACGUUAAAGAAGGUGAGCGUCUGGAUGCAAAGAUGAAGCGGCUGGAGGCCAAAUACACAGCGCUCCAUUUGGUGCCUCUGAUUGAGCGUCUGGGAACCCCGCAGCAAAUUGCCAUCGCUCGUGAGGGUGACCUGCUGACCAAAGAGAGGCUGUGUUGCGGACUCUCCAUGUUUGAAGUCAUCCUGACUCGCGUCCGCGGUUAUCUGGACGACCCUAUCUGGCGCGGCCCGUUGCCCAGCAACGGCGUGAUGCAUGUAGACGAAUGUGUGGAGUUUCAUAGGUUGUGGAGCGCCAUGCAGUUUGUCUACUGCAUCCCCGUGGGAGCACACGAGUUCACUGUCGAGCAAUGUUUUGGAGACGGGCUGAAUUGGGCCGGCUGCAUGAUUAUCAUGCUACUCGGACAGCAAAGACGCUAUGAUAUCCUGGACUUCAGUUACCAUCUCCUCAAGGUGCAGAAACACGACGGCAAAGAUGAAAUCAUCAAGAGCGUGCCCCUCAAGAAAAUGGUUGACCGGAUUCGCAAGUUUCAAAUUGUGAAUGAUGAGAUCUUUGCCAUUAUGAACAAAUACCUGAAGUCUGGGGACGGAGAGAACAUGCCUGUAGAACACGUCCGAUGCUUCCAGCCUCCAAUCCAUCAGUCACUGGCCAGCAACUGAGACGACUGUGCACCAGUUUAAAGCAGAAGGGUGUCAUGAUAGUGGGGAACAUAUUUAGGGAAGAGUUUAGUCUCUGGGACCAGAUUCACUGUCACAUUCUACUCGCAGAGUCACCUUUAUUACACAAGCCUGUAGUGUUCACAGAGGAAAUUUGUAACAAUAUUGGUUUAGCACAUCUCAGGCAAAAUAUAUUGUAAGCCCGAUAUCAACAAAAGUGGCCGAGUUUCACUGUGCAUUUUAGGUCGUUCACGUAUGUGCCUUAUUAUAGACAUAUGACUAUUAUUUUUUUGUUAAUGUUAGCAGAGUGCAACUCAUUUUCAUGUUUUAUAUUUGGGGACUGCUGUAGGUUGGGAAAUGGCAAAGUGGGAUUAUCAAUUGAUUAAUCUGUGGUGAGAAACUAGUUGUGUAUUUUCUGUGGUGGUGGUGUUGCAUGCUAGGUUGUUCUUUUAUUACCCUGAAAAACUUUCAGCGUAACCAAGUUCUUACUCUCGAUAAACAAGUGCCUUUUUGUAUUUGAGUCAUGUAAUCAAGUUUUAAUUAAAUAAAGGUAUCAAAUCUUG